AUGCGUCAUUUGGAAUGGGAAGACUUGGGAGUGAAGGUCGACGGCCGCUCCCUACAUCACCUCCGCUUUGCAGACGACAUCGUGCUUAUAACACCGAACAUCGAGCAGGCGGAACGAAUGCCGGCCGAGUUUGAUAGUGCUUGUGGAAAGAUCGGCUUGAGGCUGAACCUAACGAAGACGAUGUUCAUGAAAAACGGACUGGUACCUUCUGCAGAUCUAUGUGAAUGA